AUGGAAGAAGUCUUUCAGUCUCUGACCGCAGGGAAGAUCCAUGAACUUCUAGUAUUUUGUGGGAUCGGUAACUGUAACGAUGAUCCCAUCAAACAGCAUAUCCUUGCCAUUUCGAAUUUUGGUGAACUUUCGAAUCACAGCCUGGGAAAGAUUGUAGGACUUACAGAUCCACCGCCGAUACUUACACCCCGACACAGCCCGACCCCUGACGCAGCAGCGAAUGGAAAGCGUGGGUCAUACCGAUUCUUGUCAACACCAGAUAAACGAAGCAGGCCAGACUACACAGGGCUAGAUGGUUCGUCUACGAAGAAGAGAAGGAGACGCAAAGAUAAAACUCAGGGUGAUCGUAUUGGGGAUGAUAAUUUGCAGAAAGGAAGGGAGGCUGUGGUAGCUCUGGAGGGUGGUACACCUGUCCCACAUCCCCAACGACUUCAGGCUCUCCCCAACCAGCCGGUCAUCCCCGUAAACAUCCAAAGGAUUGAAACGGUUCUGAACAGGGUGCCAGAUAGUAUCCUGGAGAACAUACUCAUCAAUUGUGUGCGGUUGAACGAUCGGCUGGGAAGGUACGGGCAACGAUCUGCACAGACAACUGUGACAACCAGGGUCAAGACUAUUCAAAGCUUCGUCGAUGAAAUUAUCCAGCUAGACUACUCCGAUGCUAUCCAAGCGAUCAAGCAAGAAAACGCCUUUUCGGCCAGCAAGAACAUCCAGACUCGGUACAACGAAACCGCGUAUUGGGAGAUUAUAGAAAAAGCUGCAGAACUUCUCGAUCCGAAGAGUCUGCCAAGCCCUAAAGGGCCCCUCGAUGAGUUCACAAUGGCCGAGAAGGUUGCGACCGAGCGCUUCAUGAGAGACGCAGGGUAUGGCCUCAGCCUUGCUAACCAGCGUCAGUGCCGCCUUUUCUGGAAGAGGCUUUGCGAGAUGCGUAAAAUGGGCGUUGACAAGAUUCUCCCUAUAUCGGACCAAGGAAGUUGUUCGGCAGACGACGCGACAUCUCUGGUACAAAUGGUUCGAAACUGGGAAAAUAUCUACGGUUUGCAGAUCGAACAGCUGGAAAUCCGAGUAACUCAAGAGAGUAUGGGCGAUCUCACGGGAAGAUCAUGGCUGAGCCAGCCUGUUUUGGCCGAGAGAUUGAAGAUUUCAGAUGUUGCAUGGAACAGUGCGGGUAACCCUUGGCUUUCCGACAAGGAAGCAGUCGCUUUCCAAUCGAGUGGGCCACAUGAGCCAUCUUUUGCACAGUUUGGUGGGUUUCUUGACUUACAUCCAGGGGCAGAGGCGAUGAGAAACAAGUCUAUAUUUGUUACCAUACUACCCAAAGACAAGAACUUCUUUUCUGUUUGUCCCAUCAUUUCAGUCCAGGAAGGAGACUUUCUUGGAAUUUUUGCUGGGAUGAUUCGUUACUCAGAGCCCUGCAACGUCACAUAUGGUGUGCCUGGCCCCGAAGAAAAUCUCUGGUUGGACUAUUCCACACUCACUGGGGCACUCAAUCUGAUGAGCGUAUCGCGCCCCGGCGAAGAUUCCAAUGUUCGCCUUGACUGGGAGCUCAUUGGUGAACAGAAAGGAGAAAAGCCGUUCUUGAUGUGGAGGGUGACAGUUCGAGCUCUCCGGACGAUUAGACCAUUUGAAGAGAUGAUUAGAGCUGCUCCGCGAAAAGAACAAUACCUUUUACAUAAAUCAGCAGCCGGCGCAGAGAGGGGAUUCAGGAAAGGUGGACAGUAA